AUGGAAUAUGACUUUGAACGAAGCCAUCCGUCAGCCCGCCUCUCCACAAGCGGGAUUUUGAAUCCUAAUGUAAAUCCUUCGAGAUGGAGAUCACAAUCAGCUACCAAAAAUAGAUCCAAAAUUCGCCGACUAAGUCGAGAUAGGUUUAGAGCGCAUUUCCUCCUCCAUUUGUCCAAGAGGUCAGAUGGCAAGGCUGAGCGUCCGGCGAUGCGCUAG